AUGGGACUCCAGGCUGGGACCCCCUGGCUCCAGCGGGACCUUGUCCUGCUGCCCACCCUGGUGGCCAUGCUCCUGCUCUGUGCCAGCCCUGUGUUUGCUGCUGCAGCCUCAGGGUUCCCCCCAGACUGCAGCCACCUGCACAAGAACAGCCCCAGUGGUGUGUACGUGAUCCAGCCAGCCCGCUCCCCGCCGCGCGUGGUCUGGUGCGACAUGGACACCGAGGGCAAGGGCUGGACCGUGGUCCAGAGAAACUCUCAUGACACUGAGCUCAACUGGAAGCAAUCCUGGACCACCUACAAGUAUGGCUUUGGGAACGUGCACAGCGAUUACUGGCUGGGCACCGAGUACCUGCACCUGCUGACUCAGCAGGGCACCUACAAGGUGCGCUUCAUAGUGCGGGACAAAACCAACGUCACCCACUACGCCGAGUACGACAUCUUCAGAGUGGAGAGCGAGGCCAGCGGCUACCCCCUGAGGCUGGGCCGCCAUUCUGGUGAUGGGGAUGACUACCUGACCCUCUACCACCCCAAGAAGGGGGGCAUUCAUGACAACAUGAAGUUCAGCACGGUCGACAAGGACCAGGACCAGUACAGCGGGAACUGCGCCAAGAGCUACGGGGGGUGGUGGUACAACAGGUGCCAGAACGUCCUGCUCAAUGCCAAGAACUACAUCGUCUGGCCAGGGUUCUGUGACAGCGGGGACUGCGCAUCCUCCCUCAUCCUGGUCAAACCCACGGAUGUGUGCUGA